GGCCGUUCGAGACUAGACCUAAGAGGGCAUUAAGGCGUGUAAAAUCGAAGUGAAAGAAAGGCGAGAGAGAAGAAAUAUGGGGAACUGUGUCAGAGGUGUUCAUGCGGGCAAGGUCAGGGAAGCUAACCAACAACCAUACAAGACCAACAGUCAAGUAAACUCCAAGAUUCCUCAGCCUGCUGAAACACUGGUCUCCUUAGACAUUCCAGCAUGUGACAAUGAAAUUUUUGAUUCAUGUUUGUUAGAUAAUGAAGAGCCAUACAUUUCCCAGGAAGGGGGAACUGACUGCUCCAUGAUGCUUAGCAAAAGUCAAGAACACUGCAUCACCAAAAACAUUCCACAGAUGACCAGUGAAUCAAUAGAACAGGACAAAGUUUUAUUAAAUGAUUUUGAUCAUGCCCUGGAAUAUCAUAGUUGUCAAACUUGCCCUCUUCUACAAGAAAGGAUACAGAUGCUGUUAAAUCAAAAUAGAUCUAGGGAGGAAAAGACUCACUUCAGUGAUCAUGUCACUUGCACUGGUAUACAUGAUUCCCUGAUUUGUGGGACCUCCAGUUUACUGCCUCUACAUGAAGACUUGCCAUCCACCACAGUUGAUAACAGAUUUGAAAAGAAAGCUUACUUCCAUCAGAAUUCUCAAGAUGAAAAUUGUGAAGGCCAUGAAGACAGAGAGUCAGAAUUAUAUAAAGUGCAAGAAGGUCCAGGUACAAACUGGCAAUUUGGGAACCAUUAUUUCAAUGAAACUCAUGAAGAUGAGGCAUCUAAAGAUGAUAAUGCAAAUACAAGGGACUUCUUCCCAGAUGCAAGUUUAUGGAAACUCCCCAUCAAUGAUUUCCUUAGCAUAGGUGGCAAAGGAAUCAGUGUUGAAGCAUUAGGCUGUGAAGUGACACUUGGCCCUCAAAUAGGGCUUUCCAUCUUUGGAAAUAGAAUACUUUAAAAUAUAUAAACUGAAGCUAACAAAUCUUAAGUAAUGUGAUAACUCUUAUGCCAUGAUUAUGUAUAAUGUAAUUAAUUACAUUAAUAUAUUUUAUCUUAUGGAUACUAUUGGACUGGAUUUUGUUAUCUAGUUUGGGUGUAGUGCUUGUAACACAAAAUUAGAUUUAAAUGAGAGUUAUGGAAAAUGACAAUGAUAAAAAUUGUAUUUUGAAUUAUUAUUCAAGCAAGAAAUUUCAGAUUUAAAAUAAGGAAUAAAGCAUGUUUAAUAAAAAUAUUGGUAAC